CUGGAAGGGAGGGUAGCGGUCAACACCGCCGGCGUUGUGGAUUAUGAACAGAGGCAAACCGACCUAAACGACUUCUUUUCUUUCACGGAUUUACAUCGACAACAUCCCUUUAAGUUAUCUGGGGAGUUAUUUAAUCAGUUAAAAAAACAGUGCGGUUUUUUCAUUAGGAAAUAUGUCAGUGGUGGGAUUUGAUUUAGGUUUUCAGAGCUGCUAUGUAGCUGUAGCACGAGCCGGAGGGAUUGAGACUGUCGCUAACGAAUACAGCGACCGAUGUACACCAUCAUUUGUGUCAUUUGGCCCACGGAAUCGAGCCAUCGGUGCAGCUGCAAAAAGCCAGGUGGUGACCAACUGUAAGAACACGGUGCAAGCGUUCAAGCGUUUUCAUGGCAGGGCAUUCUCUGACCCCUACGUUCAGGCCGCUAAGACAAGCCUGGUCUAUGACCUGGCACAGAUGCCCAAUGGAACCACUGGCAUAAAAGUGAUGUACAUGGAGGAAGAGAAAGUCUUUUGCAUUGAGCAGACCAGCGCAAUGCUGCUGACCAAACUGAAAGAGACUGCUGAGAGCGCACUGAAGAAACCGGUGGCAGACUGUGUUAUCUCUGUCCCAAGUUACUUUACUGAUGCAGAGAGGAGGUCUGUCAUUGACGCCGCUCAAAUCGCAGGCCUCAACUGCUUACGACUCAUGAAUGACACCACGGCAGUAACCUUGGCAUACGGCAUCUACAAGCAGGACCUGCCUGUCCCAGAAGAAAAGCCCAGGGCAGUUGUGUUUGUGGACCUGGGACACUCAGGCUACCAGGUGUCAGUGUGUGCCUUCAACAAGGGGAAACUCAAGAUCCUGGCCACAGCAUUUGAUUCGGACCUCGGGGGCAAGGACUUUGACACUGUGCUGGUCAACUAUUUCUGUGAAGAGUUUGGGAAGAAGUACAAGCUGGACGUCAAGUCUAGACCACGGGCACUGGUACGCCUCUACCAGGAGUGCGAGAAACUCAAGAAGCUCAUGAGUGCCAACUCCUCUGACCUACCCCUCAACAUCGAGUGCUUCAUGAAUGACAUUGAUGUUUCCGGUAAACUCAACAGAGGUCAGUUUGAGGAGAUGAGUGCGGGGCUACUGGCCAAAGUGGAGGGUCCCCUGCGCAGUGUGCUGGAACAAGCCAAGCUAAAGAAGGAGGAUAUCUAUGCCGUGGAGAUUGUCGGUGGGGCCUCCAGGAUUCCGGCAGUCAAAGAGCGAAUCAGUAAAUUCUUUGGCAAAGAGCUGAGCACCACCCUGAACUCAGACGAGGCAGUGGCCAGGGGCUGUGCACUUCAGUGUGCGAUCCUGUCACCGGCCUUCAAAGUCAGAGAAUUCUCGAUUACAGAUGUCGUCCCUUAUCCCAUCUCCCUGAAAUGGAACUCAGCAGCAGAAGAAGGACUGAGUGACUGUGAGGUGUUCCCAAAGAACCACGCGGCUCCCUUUUCCAAAGUGUUAACCUUCUACCGGAAAGAGCCCUUCUCCCUGGAGGCUUACUACAGUAACCCUAAAGAACUGCCCUACCCCCAUGCCAGUCUAGGCCAGUUCCUGAUCCAGAAUGUAGUCCCCCAGGUGUCUGGGGAGAGUUCAAAGAUAAAGGUCAAAGUACGAGUCAAUGUCCACGGGGUGUUUAGUGUGUCCAGUGCCUCGUUAGUCGAGGUCGUGAAACAGGCAGAGGGGGAGGAGCCCAUGGAGAUGGACCCAGCAAAGGAGGACGAGACCAAAAUGCAGGUAGACCAAGAGGACCAGAAACCCCAGAAUGACAUCGGAGAGAAGAAGUCAGAGACCGAGGACAUGGAGACAGCAACAGAGGAUGGCAAGCAGGAGAAGAAAAUCGAUGUGCCCCCACAGGCAAAGAAGCCCAAAGUGAAAACGAAGACGGUGGAGCUACCCAUAGAGAACAGUUUGCACUGGCAACUGGCCAGCGAAACACUAAAUCUGUUUAUGGAGAAUGAGGGUAAGAUGGUAAUGCAGGACAAACUAGAGAAGGAGAGGAAUGAUGCAAAGAACAAUGUGGAGGAGUACGUGUAUGACAUGAGGGACAAACUGCAUGGUGCCCUGGAGAAGUUUGUCAGCGAAGCCGAGCGGGACACAUUCUCAUUAAAACUGGAGGACACUGAGAAUUGGCUGUAUGAAGACGGAGAGGACCAACAGAAACAAGUUUAUAUUGACAAACUGACCGAGCUAAAGAAACUUGGCCAGCCUAUUCAGGACAGAUAUGUAGAAGCUGCGGAGAGACCAAAAGCAUUUGACGAGCUUGGCAAACAGAUCCAGAUGUACAUGAAAAUCAUUGAAGCUUACAAGGCAAAGGAUGAACAGUACAAUCAUCUGGAUGAGCUGGAGGUCACCCAGGUGAACAAGCAUGUGGAUGACGCCAUGAUCUGGAUGAACAACAAGAUGAACCAGCAGAGCAAGCAGGAUCUUACUCUGGAGCCUGUGGUCAAAGUCAGUGAGAUCCAGGCUAAGACCAAGGAGCUGAUCUCCACCUGCAACCCUGUGGUGUCCAAACCCAAGCCCAAGGUGGAGCUCCCCAAGGAGGAGAAGACUGAGAACGGGCCAGUGAAUGGCCAAGAGGGGACGGAGGGCCAGCCGUGCAGCUCGGACAAGAGCACCUCCGCAGCGACGGAGCAGGAAACGGCAGCGGAGAAGCUACCUGAGAUGGACAUUGACUAACUGUAUCAGUUGUCUACUCCUGCGUUUUCGGCUUCCUCCCUUACUGCCGCUUUGACCAUCUUCCUUGCUCUCUUGCUCUUUUGAAAUCAUUGAUAAAACAGUAGCCUCUCUUGUUGAAGACCCAGAUGGGACUGUUCUCCAUAACUUGGUAUCAAUUGGCCCUCUCGGCAUGUCAUCUCUGUGUCUUUGCUGUUGAAGAAUAAAAAAAUUAAUGCAUAUUCUCAACAAUGAACGGGCUAGUUUUUUGUUUUAAAAAAAGGAGAAAAAAAACCCAUUUGUGAGCAAGGGGUGGAAACAGCUUUCCGUGUGUCGCUUGGAUUAGCCAUUUCGUUAAAAGAUUGUUUUUAUUCAGCAUCUCCUUGGUAAACCUUGGCAAAGAAUGUCCGAUUCUAACCAUUGUAAGCAAAGUGGUCAUGCAGAAGAAAAGUAUGACUUAGUGACAUGUUAUUUAGUUUAAGUUCUAAAUGGAGCAGAGGUGCAGCUUAAAGAGUUUUUAGGGUGGGGGAUUGUUGGAUUGCACAUGACCUUAAUGGUGCAUUUUCUUUUCACUAUGAAGAAAAAUAAAAAUCAAACCUGCUGGAUUAUUACUUAUUUAGUUCACAAGGAAGUGGAAGACUGGGGACUGUUAAGGUUGAUAGUUUUCACAACUUACUUGUACUGUAUGUUGAAACUAGAUAUAAGUUACUGUCAUGCAGUAUUUCGUUGUAUGGCUUUUUCUCAUUCAAAAGCAAUGGUCUGUGGGUUGUUUUCUGUUUUAGCCUUGUAUUGUUUUUCUACUUAAUUGCAGUGUGAAUGUUGGGCCAACAAAUCACCUUUUAGGUGCUGUUGUUGUUACCACGUCACCAAAAAGAGCAAAAAUAAAUCUUGAUUUCGU